AAACUUGUGCGUAUUACCGUUUGCUCGGAUUUUACAUCGUUAUCAGUCCGUGCUUACAAAUGAAGAUAACAUGGUGUCUUGAUAACAUUAAAGCCGCAAAUUGAGGCGCCUAUGUUAAUAAAAAAUUUGCAAGCGUAGAGAUACAACGUGUUUGUGAAUCCCUGGAUUUAUGGGGCGCGGACAAGUAGUGGAUUUUGUUUGCUCGAGUUAUUUUAAUGUACAUUGAGUGGGGUUCCCGUUUGAUCAGCGCGCAUAUGACUGAUGCCUGUAGCGUCUGCGCCGGUGCAAGUGUAGCGGCGGGCCUAUUUUAGUACCACGGAAAUAAGAGCGGCAAAAGGAGCAAAAAGCACCGUCUGACUGAAAAACUUGAGGUCGUGGUGUGGAGAGUAUUUCAGUCUGUUGUGAUCCGAUGUCUAUAACAGUUGCUUGUGUAAUUAGUGCAGUGUUAUAACAACAAAUGGGGAAAAUGAAGAAAAGGACGAUAUCGACACUCAAAGCGAUAUUUGGCUCGAAGAAAGGCAAGCGGCACCAUUCUUCUAAGUCUUCACGUUCGGUGACGCCGGACCCGCCCACGCCAAACACGCCAAGCAGCGUCGAGUCCUUCCGGCCGAUCCCGCGCACGCCGCCGCCGCCGACCCGCGUGGGGCCCCCGCCGUCCCCCCCGGUCCCCACUCACCCCAUAGCCCCCGUGGCCCCUGAGCCCUCGGGGCCCGUCAGGCUAAUCCCCUGCGCGGUAUGCGGGAGGACCUUCUUACCGGAGUCGCUCGCCAAACAUGUCAAAAUAUGCGAGAAGACGACUGUCAAGAAACGGAAGACAUUCGACUCUUCCCGACAGAGACGAGAAGGGCUGCCAGCGGCGAAUGGUGUUAAUACCGGUACGGAUUUGGAGCAGUACUUGCCAAAGAACUUUGGGUUGCCUGAGAACAGUCCGUUUUUGGAAAAGAGUCCGCCGAACACUGCCAAAGCGACGCCGAAGCCGAAACCGCAGUCCACCAGGACUACUAUCAUGAAGCCGGCAGCCGACCUCCAGAAGUGCCCGCACUGCAGCCGCGCGUUCGGCAUGCGCGCCUUCGAGCGGCACGUAGAGUGGUGCGCCGACAAAGCUAAGAUCCUCCCCGCCGCGCCCGUACAACCGCCGCACGUCACCGACGCGAAGCAGAGGCUUAAUGCUCGCACCCAGUACAAAGCGCCGCUUGCGAGAGGCAGACGAUCGUCUCAAAGCCGCGACAAGUCGUCUCAGAGCCGCUCGGCGUCCGUGGAGUCGUCGCGCGGCGUGUCGCCGCCGCCGCCGAGAGACUGCGGCGACCGGCGACGCCGCGCCAGGGCUUCAGAAUCCAUGUCGAGCAAUGAUUGUAAUGAUGAACCGUCCCCGCACGUGCCAGUUAUUAGAAACCCUAGAAACUCUCAAAAUAAGUCUUCAGGCGAUGCCAACGUUAAAGCGCGGCAAGCUAGAUUAGCAAGAGAUCUUAGCAGCUCCAGACUGGACGAUGGUUACGACCCAUUUGUAUCAGCCGCUAGGCAAAUGAAAGAGCUCCUGUCUUCAGAUACCGAUACUCCUAAAAAGAUGCUUAACUCUUCCAAAGACCUCACCCGCACUCUUCCCAUCCUCCGUCCUGCCAGGGACAAAGCUCCAUUAUCACAACUUCGCACUGAAAAUUCCAAAAUGAUAAAAGACACUCUUAACAAAACAUACCAAAAAACUCCUACCCUGCAGAGAAUGAAAUCUUUUGGAAGCACGAACAACGAUAAUAACACUAACACUAGCAGUUUCGGGGGUAGAUGUAGCUCUUUUAGACUUAACAGAAAUAAUAUAAAGCCUAGUCAAAAACUGAACACAACCUUUACUAAAUCGAGUAAAGAAAAUAUUAGCAUGACAGACAAAACAAACUUCAACCGCAACAGCAGCCUUAAUAGAUCAUUCUCAAGCUACACCACAUCUAAUUAUAGUACUCCAAAACCAAAAGAUAAAAUCCCGAAGAUUGCAACAUCUAUGUACCAUAGCUUCACGCGAACUACUAUAAAACAGCCUGUAAAACUUGACAAAAUAAAGAGAGAUGAAGAAGAAAAGAAAAAUUUCGUAAACCUAGAUGCAAUCCUUGCAGACGAUAAUUCGUCCAUGACCGACAGUAAUUACAUCGAUCCUAGACUUAUUAAUGAAAAUGAUAACUUGCCCAUUAAUGUAAACACAAUUCUAAACAAUCCCGACAUUAUCAGUAGUAUGGAGUCCCUUCUUACCACAGAAAACUUGCCUUCUAAAUUUGAUUCUUUCAGCAAAACACAUAUUCCUAAUUAUGAACUAAACGGUAAUAUUGAUUCACAAAUCAAAGCGGAAAAAGACAAAGUCAACAACAACACUGAUACUAAUAAGCUGGUUGCUGCCCCGGUAGACAAUUUAAGUGCCCAAUACGACAAAAUUAUGUCUUCUUUGGAAGAAAGCAUUGCGUCUAAAACGUUAGCUAGGGAUGAGGAGUCUGUCUUCGAGGAAUUUGACCUCGAAGAAUUCAUGACUACUUUUGACGAAGAAAUUCAUAAAAGGAAAUCUGAAAACAAAAGAACUUGUAGUUCUACCACUAGGGUUGUGAAGCAGUCAGAGCUAAACGGUAGCAAUAGGACUUCAACUUUUAGUAGUGUUAGCUCCACUCCUAGACACGUAAACCCCAAUAGUAACGGUCUCAGUCUUACCCCAGUUACCAACAAGCCUUUUAAUUUUAGCAGUAACAAUAUCGUGAGCGAAAACCUCUUCCCAUCCUCCGUCAAACGUUCCACUUCCCUCCUCGACUCCAUCCACAAGAAGGUCUCGAAAACGGAAAGCGGGAACACGCGGCAUAAAUCCGACCAACUCGAACAAGACAUUAUGCAAUCCUUGAAAGAGUUCGACAAGUUAUACGAAUCCGAGAAGAACCAAAUUAACCAAUCUAAUAGAGGUAUCAUCAAUUACAAUGCGCAAGUACACAACGGAACGGAAAAGGAAUCGCGGAGUAAAACGCAGCGGAAAAGUGGGAAAUCUGAUAGCAAUUCCAACGGGAACUACACGCCAAAUGGGAAAUCCAGCAACGACUCAGCUUAUAGCAGGUUAGUCAGCUUAAAUAGAAUAUCUCCUUCGAAACUAACGGUAUGUCAAAAGGAGUUAAACGGUCCUUCGUCGUUGGAGCGAAUACCGGCGGGCUCGGACUCCAGCGGGAGUGCUAAAGACGAAAUACGGUCCGUCUCCAGCGAGGAGUUCCUAGCGAUGGAGCGGUCGGCGGAGCUGGACGAGCCCAUACCGCAGCCGGAACACGCGCCGUUCAAACAAGUCGAAAACCAAGUCCAUGAGAAGCGUGUAAGCUCCCUGGGGUCGUCGCGGCGCGGGUCGUGGCGGCCGCGCGCCGACCUGAGCUCGAGCAGCUCGGAGGCGUCGCUGCACAAGGCGCCGCAGCGGCUGUCACGCUUCUGCCACGAGUGCGGCAGCCGCUUCCCCGUCGACACCGCCAAGUUCUGCAUCGAGUGCGGCGUCAAGCGGCUCGCCGUCUAGGGUGCGGAACAUGCGGACUUACGGAGCCGCACGGCACAUCGUCGUUCGGUUAUGUGAAGUGAAACGCGCGAGCGUUGUCAUGUGUUCCGCGCCGGGUGAUCUAGUCUUUAGUAGUAGCCGGGUGUGAUAAGCUUUGUGUUUUGAGUAGUCUGCCCUGCAAGCGGCUUUUUCGUUUUUAAGACUCUGGUUGUGCUCGUUCUGCUCGGGCUAUUGUGUAGCUGACGAAAUACUGCCGGUAUUGAUGUGAAACUGUGCCUCGAUGAGCAGAAUUUGCUUUAUACUGUAUGUUUUAUUUUGUCGUUUCGCAGACAUGUUUUGAUGUCUGACGAAAUAGAUCCUCUAUAGACUGCACGUAUUGCAAUCGUGCAAUGCACGAAAUCAGCUGUCGAUGUUUAGUAAAUAAGAACGAACGCAUUUUAAUUUUUUGUUUGAAGAUAAAGAAAUAAGCAAAAUUUCAGUACACCGCUGUACUUUGAUUUAAAAUACAUAAUUCUGCCACUAGUACGUGUUACGCUAGAUUCUCGUAUUGGCAUUCGUUGUAAAACAGGUUGUGAACUCCUUUACUUUAUUAAUUUCAUGCAUGUUCAACCUUUAUUGACCUUUCUGAGAGCUCUUUGGUUUUUUAAGUAUGUUCACGUCUGCUAAAGUCAUGUCAGUGUGUAACACAAAAUUUUGAGGUAAUGAUCAAGAUGCUAAACAAAGCUGGAUCAAGGUAGCAAUGAAAUCAAAUAAGAAGAUCUAUGAGUGGAAAAACUAUACGUUUAAGUAAUGAGGUACAUAAUGUUCAUAAAAGCAGUAAAAUAUGGAAAAUAAUUUAUUAUAGAGAACUCAAUACAAGAUGUUUCAAAUGAGAGGAAUCUCGGUGGUGAGGUUUAUUUAGAAGCUAGUUUUUAUCUUUAUGGUGAUAUUAUUUUCACGCUGUUCGGAUGGAUGCAUUUAAAGUCUCAUAAUGAAUUGUUCGAAAUGUAUUUCUACCCCAUACCCUAUUUCCGUUGAAAUAUGGCCUGAUUGAAUAUGGUGAUACUACCGAUGCUGAACUGGUUCAUUCACAGCAAUGAUCUUGUGAGUGUUAUUGCAAGAGUUAAAUUCAUGGCCUUAAUUGUUUGCCUGUCAGUAUUGACAGUAUUCAAAAGUUAUAGAAGAACUUACUUUGGUCAGGUAGGCCGAGCAAUGAGCUUAGAUACCUCAGAUUGUUGUAUUCUGUACGCAGAUGUAUGCAGUUAUGCAUACAAUGUCAGGAUGCCGUGGUGAUGCAGAUGAACUGCGUGCUACAGUCUCUUUUGGAAGAAGACGGAAUCUGAUCUUCGCUCCAGUCUAUACCAGUGAAAAUACCACCGAGAUACUUCUCAAACUGCUUACUUAGCUAGCAAUAUGCAAUAUUACAUUAACCCAUUGAAUGAUAAGUACGUCAAUAAAUAAGUGUCCGUUACACAUCUAUAGUCAGUAGUAUCAAAUCUAACUGGAAUGGAUGGACUCAUAUUUUACAUAAUUUAUCAUUAUUCUUACGAAUCUGGUAGUAUUGGAAUAUCAUGAGAUCUGAAAUAAUGUACUAUUAUGGUCUAAUACAAUAAUUAUGUAAUACAAUGAAAUAGAGAAAAUAUACUUAAUUUUUACAAUGUAAUCCGUUGUUUACAGGACUAAACUGUAAAAUGUUUAGCCUUUAAUAUUUUUUAUGAAGGAUAACAAUUUUGUAUUCAGUAGGACAUAAAAACUACUAGGUACUACUAAAUUUAUCUUUUUAAAUGUUUGUUACCGAAUUCCUAAACUAAUUUGUGCCUUCCCAUGUAGCUAGAUUAAAAAUAAAUUAAUAUAUUGUUCGAUACUGUUACGAAGUUCUGUUGAUAUUUCCGUUAUUUUAGUUGAAGUUUUUUCUAUUCCAACAAAUGCCAAAACGACCAGUGGAAGCUUUGGAAUGCAAUAUGUCUGUGAUAUGCGAAAUCAAAUUGGUAAAUCGGUUCUCUUCCUCGCAUGGAAUAAAUCUUAAUUUUAAGUACCAAUUUCAUCCUUGGAUUUUGAAUGAAUUUUUUUGUGUGCAUUUUUAUGUUUUGCGAUUGUUAGCCAACACUAUUUUAUUUUUUAUCAUUAUUUGUGAAUGCCCUUCUAAGGAUUUCCACUAAUGUCUACAGACUACAGUUGGCCAUUUUAACAAGACUGAUUUUAUUUUCAAAGUUUUCGAACUAUGAAUAAUCCUUAGUUACUGUUGUAUAUUAUGUUUUAAUAAAAUAACAAUUUAUCAUGUAAUAAAUUAACAUUUCAAUAAA